AUGCUACCUCAAACUGUGAAACUGGCUGCUAUGAAGACUGCUACCACAAAUUCUGCUAGAGUUAUUUCUUCUGCUAUUGCUGUUCCUGUUUUCAAAAGAUCUCCAGGUGACUCGUUUUCAAGCUUCAAAGAAUAUAGAGAAAAUGCCAAGACUUACGGGCCUUUAAGUGCAUCGUUGGCUGCAAAGAGACAUUUGACUCACAUUUCCAGAGUUUAG